AUUUUACUUUUAAUGCAACGCCUUUCUGCUAGUGGAAUAUCCAGUACCCUUUUCAAUUUGACCAGUCCAGACGUUCAGGAGAAGUACUUCGAUUUCCUCAAUUAUCACACCGAGUACCACUUGGAGGCGUACACCAUAUUUUUCGCAAAUCAUCACCUCUACGAACACAUAUUGUUAGAGAUUUAUGACAGGAACUACAUAAGAAGGAACCUUGUGUACAUCUUCAACUGGGGCAGAUUACCACUUGAGAGGAACUUUGUAAGGAAUAUCGAGUACGCAAUGAAGAUAUACGUCAUUACCAACCCUAGGACAGACACUUUCAGGCUGUUCUACAGUCAAGCCACAUCCCAUAGGGAGCACCAUUUGGACAUGGUAAAUUGGUGGAACCACGGGAAAGGGCUGUUUAGCCACCCUACCUUGCCGAUAAUGAAGUCAGUGUAUAAGGAUUUUAAAGGGAAGGUUCUGCAGGUACCAGUUUUACACAAACCACCAUGGUAUUUCGUGCGGUACAAUAAUAGCAACAACGGAAACUUCUCAAAUAUUAACAAUACCAUGGAGGUUCUAGGUGGUAGAGACGACCGAAUCCUGUCACUUUUAUCGCAGAAAUUGAACUUUAGAUACAACUAUUUUGAUCCUCCUGAACAUAUCCAAGGCACGCCCGAUUCCGAAAGCGGAGUUUUUAGUGGAGUUCUUGGUCUGAUAUGGAGAAGGGAAGCAGACUUGUUUUUAGGCGACGUAGCUCUUACCUAUGAAAGAUCAAACUUUGUGGAAUUCUCUUUUCUCACUUUGGCAGACAGUGGGGCCUUUGUCACUCACGCUCCAAGCAAGCUCAAUGAAGCAUUGGCACUGCUAAGACCUUUCCACUGGCAGGUUUGGCCGGCUAUUUUGGUAACGUGUCUUGCAGUUGGACCAAUGUUGUAUAUAAUUAUAGCUCUCCCAAAUGCUUGGCAGCCCAGGUUCAGAGUGAGGUCUCACGCCAGGUUGUUCUUUGACUGCACCUGGUUCACCAUCACAAUUUUAUUAAAACAAACAGGGAGAUUACCAAGUUCUAGUCACAAAGCCAGAUUCUUCAUUAUAUUGCUGUCGAUCUCUGCAACAUACGUCAUCACCGACAUGUAUUCUGCGAACUUAACCUCACUUUUGGCUCGACCUGGCAGAGAACGGGCUGUCAAUAACUUGUAUCAGCUUGAGAAAGCCAUGGAAUCUAGAGGUUACAGUUUGUUCGUUGAAAGUCACAGUUCCUCAUACGGUCUCUUAGAGAAUGGGACAGGUAUUUACGGAAACCUCUGGGAUCUAAUGAAAAGGAAUCAGGGAGGAAACGUCUUGGUGCAAUCUGUAGAAGAGGGAGUGAAACUAGUAAGAGAUAGCGAUAAAAUUGCUGUAAUGGCAGGAAGAGAAACGUUGUACUUCGAUAUUCAGAGAUUUGGCCCAAGCAACUUCCAUCUGAGUGAAAAGUUAAACACGGCCUACUCUGCCAUCGCUCUUCAACUUGGAUGUCCGUACAUCGAAGAAAUCAACAGAAUUCUCAUGGCAACCUUCGAGGCCGGCAUAAUUACAAAAAUGACAGAGAACGAGUACGAGAAACUGGGAAAGCAAAAGGAGAUAUCCAUGGAAGUGGAGGAAAAUCUGGUCUCGGAAGCGGAGAGGGAAAACCCCAGGAAGACCAAGGCCAACGAGGAUAGCGAGAAACUGAAGCCCAUCAGCAUAAAAAUGUUGCAGGGGACGUUUUAUUUGUUGUGCUUGGGAAAUGCGUUUUCUGGUCUGAUUCUGCUAGCCGAGAUUUUGUUCUACAAACAUCAGAAAAAAUAUAGAGUUAAGAAGAAGCGUUUAGUGGCUAUGAGGAAGUUCUCAAAGUUUGUCAGGUUUCAAAUAAACAAAUUGAGACUCACGAUAAGACGACUCUAUAGGAAUGUCAUGCACGAUGCUUUUGUUGCAACUUUGGAGUAUAUAGAGUAGGUAAAAUGCAAAAAA